CGAGCCGGGGCCGCGGCCGCUCGGUGCCAGCCGCGCUCGGUGCCAGCCGCGCUCGGUGCCAGCCAUGGCCCGUGUCACCCUCGUGUCGCAGCUCUGGCUCCUGCUCCAAGCGUCCUGCCUGUGCCUGGCGCAGCUCCGAGGGCCACCAGGAGAGCCUGGCCCACGAGGGCCCCCCGGUCCCCCAGGAGUGCCGGGAGCCGACGGCAUCGACGGUGACAAAGGCCCCGCCGGAGCCCCCGGUUCCCCGGGUGUCAAGGGCGAGCCUGGAGCCCCCGGUCCGGAUGGACCCGCAGGGAAGCCGGGCAUUGAUGGCCUGACGGGAGCCAAGGGGGAGCCAGGACCCAUCGGCAGGGCAGGGGUUAAAGGCCAGCCCGGACUCCCGGGGCCACCGGGGCUCCCUGGUCCUUCGCUGCCGGGACCCCCCGGGCUCCCGGGCCAGGUUGGACUUCCCGGGGAGAUCGGGGUGCCGGGACCCAAGGGUGACCCCGGACCCGACGGCCCCAGGGGUCCCCCAGGCCCCCCAGGGAAACCCGGCCUCCCGGGACACCUCCAAGGCCUGGAAGGCAGCGCUGAUUUCCUGUGCCCCACCAGCUGCCCCCCGGGUCCCAAGGGCCCCCAGGGACUGCAGGGACUGAAGGGACACAGAGGCCGCCCCGGAGCCCUCGGAGAGCCCGGAAAGCAGGGAGAGCCGGGCCCCAAGGGGGACGUUGGUGCCUCUGGAGAACAAGGAGUGCCAGGCCCUCCGGGACCUCAGGGCCUCAGGGGCUAUCCUGGCCCGGCAGGACCCAAGGGUGAGACGGGUCCUGCAGGCUACAAGGGCAUGGUCGGGAGCAUCGGAGCGGCGGGGCGGCCGGGCAGGGAAGGCCCCAAGGGACCACCUGGGGACCCUGGUGACAAGGGAGAGCCGGGUGGCCGUGGCAUCAGGGGACCCCAGGGUGACAUUGGCCCCAAGGGGGAGAAUGGUCUCCCGGGCAUCGAUGGCAAGGAUGGCACCCCGGGCAUCCCGGGAGUGAAGGGUGGCACGGGACAGGCCGGACGCCCAGGAACGCCGGGACACCGGGGACAAGCUGGAUUGCCGGGCCAGCCGGGAAGCAAAGGUGGCCCAGGUGACAAGGGUGAAGCGGGUCCUCGGGGCCACCCCGGUGCCACCGGUGCCCCAGGGCAGCUCGGCGAGCCCGGACCUCGGGGUGAGCAGGGCCCGCAGGGCGUCCCCGGGCUGAAGGGUGACAGGGGCGAGCGUGGCCUCGUGGGGCCCCCCGGCGAGCAGGGCAGAGCGGGGCCGAAGGGUGAGCAGGGCCCACCAGGCGUCCCAGGACCCCAAGGCCUGCCUGGAGUCAAAGGAGACAAGGGCUCUCCAGGGAAAACCGGCCCCAAAGGCAGCAUUGGAGAUCCCGGCGUCCACGGCCUGGCAGGGCUCAAGGGAGAGAAGGGGGAAUCAGGAGAGCCAGGACCCAAGGGACAGCAAGGCAUCCAGGGAGACCUCGGCUUUCCCGGCCCCUCGGGGGAUGCAGGAGCUCCGGGAAUUCGGGGCUAUCCCGGCCCGCCGGGCCCGCGGGGGCUGGUGGGGGAGCGCGGGGUGCCGGGCAUGCCGGGCCCGCGGGGCACAGCCGGCCGGGAUGCUGGGGACCAGCACAUCGUGGACGUGGUGCUGAAGAUGCUGCAAGAGCAGCUGGCAGAGGUGGCCGUGAGCGCCAAGAGAGCCGCCCUGGGCGGGGUCGGGGCCACGGGACCCCCCGGCCCCCCCGGCCCCCCAGGGCCCCCCGGUGAGCAGGGUCCCCACGGCCCCAUGGGACCCCGAGGUGCCCCCGGAAUCCUGGGAGCUGCCGGGCAGAUCGGGAAUGCUGGACCCAAAGGGAAGAGAGGAGAGAAGGGUGAGAGGGGAGAAGUUGGCCAUGGUCACCCGGGAAUGCCGGGUCCUCCAGGGAUCCCAGGUCUCCCUGGCAUCCCUGGCCACGCUCUGGAUGGCAAGCCGGGCGAGCGGGGCGUGCCGGGCGCCCCGGGCGAGGCGGGGAAGCCGGGCUUGCCGGGCCCGCCGGGAUUCCCGGGGUUCUGCGAGCCGGCCGCGUGCCUGGGCGCCUCGGCGUACGCGGCCGCGCGCCUGACGGAGCCGGGCAGCGUCAAGGGCCCCCUGUACUGAGGGGUUCCCCAUGGGAUAAAAUCCAAAAAUCCAUCCCCACAGAGACCACGGCACUGCAAUUCCAUGGGGGGCAGCUCCCAACAUUUUCCCAGUUCUUGGGAAUGCCGGGAUGAGGGAAAACACGGCCCUGGGAAGGUUUUGGGGUGGGAACACGCCACCAGUACAAUUUGGGAAUAAAGAAUCCCCCCCAAAUCCUGUUUCCAUCCAUGGGGUUCCAAACCUGCUCCCUGUGCCCUUUCCCUCCCAAAAAUAAAUUGGAAUAAAUUUUCUAAACCCCUCUCCCUGUGAUGUUUGAAGGAGCUCAUGGAAAUUCCCUUUUUAUCCUUCCUUUUUUUUUUUUUUUUAACUGGAAUUUUUCCCUCUCUCUGCUCAAAUCCUGGUUUGAUUAUUUAAGAGAAUUCCCAGGUCCAACUUGGUCACUCCCAGAGCUGUAAAUCUUUGUAAAAUAGGGAUAAAAAUAAGAAUAUUUUAUAACUGUGACGAGGAAAACACCAACUUUUGGAAAAAAAUGGACAAUAAAACCAAGCUGGAUUCUUAAUAGCUGGAAUGAUUUGUGGAUUUCUUUGGAUCAAAGCAAGGCCGUGGUGGGGUACGGAAUUUUGAGGGAUGAAGUUCAUCCCAUAAGGAAACAGCUUGGAUGCCAUUCCAGAGAGAUUGGAGCCCACGUGUGGGGAUGGAACAGCUGGAAAACAUCCAAAGCCUGUCCCGAAUCCCAAAAAUCCCUGGCGGGAGAGG